AUGGAUCAAAUCUUGUUUUUAUCAAUGAGUUCUGCAAAAAACAUUAUACUAAUUGUAUAUAAUAUUGUUUUCGCAAUUAUAAUUGCUAUAUCAAUGAUUACUUGUGUUGUGGCAAGAAUUGAGAAGGACAAACCAUGCUCGAAAUCAUCAGCUGUUUCCGGUUCUCAAUCUGCAACACAUACCACUACAAAAUCACCAGUUCCAACAUCGGAUAACAAAAAUGUGAAGAAUAAAGAGGAGAAGAAGAGUAGUAAGAAAAUGUUUAAAAGUAGUAAGAAAAUUUUGUCAUACAAAAAAGUGGAAGAAAAAGAGAAAAAUGAAACAGGAGAUGGGACAGGAACAGGUAUGUUGAGAUUUUUGAUUUGACAAAAUAGUUAUUUCUAGAUGGUGGAGAUGGAAUGAUGUAUGAUGAAGAUGGUAAUGUUACUGGAAUGAAACAUGAACAAACAGUUCGAAUUGAAAUGGUUGAUGAUGCUUCAAAAACUCGUUCAACUCGAAGUAUGCUUCCAAAUAAUAAUAAUAUUGACACAACGGGUUUGUUGCUCUAUGAAGUAGAUGAAAAAGGGGAGAAACAAUCAGUAAUGGAAACUGCCAGAAAAUCGGUCAAAGAAAACAAGCCGCAAAAGAGUUUGAAUCUUGAUCCGACACAAGAAGAUGUACAUGGCUCUGAACUUGCUAAUUAA